AUGGAGGAGUUCGGCACGGGGGCGGUGCUCGGCGGGCAGCUGGGCGAGCACGCGGUGGCCCGCCAGACGACGGUGACGCCGGGGCUGCGCUACCGCAACCUGGGCAAGAGCGGCCUGCGCGUCUCCAACGUGGGGCUCGGCACCUGGGUGACGUUCAGCUCCGGCGUGACAGAGGAGGCGGCAGAGCAGAUCGUGCUGCUCGCCUACGACUCUGGCAUAAACGUGUUCGACCUGUCCGAGGCGUACAGCGGGCCGCGCGCCGAGCUGGAGCUGGGGCGCAUCCUCCAGCGGCACGGCUGGAAGCGCUCCUCCUACAUCGUCACCACCAAGAUCUACUGGAACACCAAGUCUGACGAGCGCGGCCUGUCCCGGAAGCACGUGAUCGAGUCCGUGAAGGCGUCUCUGCAGCGGCUGCAGCUCACCUAUAUAGACGUCGUCAUCGUGCACAAGGCCGACCCCAUGUGCCCCAUGGAAGAGGUGGUGCGCGCCAUGAACCACGUGAUCAGCCAGGGCUGGGCCAUGUACUGGGGCACGGCGCGCUGGACGCCCGUAGAGGUUAUGGAGGCCUACACCAACUGCCGGCAGUUCAACUGCGUCACGCCCAUCUGCGAGCAGGCCGAGUACCACAUGUUCUGCCGCGACAAGACCGAGCUCUACAUGCCCGAGCUCUACAACAAGAUAGGGGUGGGCCUGAUGGCGUGGUCCCCUCUCACCAUGGGGCUGGUGUCUGGCAAGGUGGACGACAGCGGCAUGCCUCUCUUCACUAGGCCCUCUUUCAAGAACAAGUACUCCUCCUUCAGCUGGACAGAGGACGAGACGCAGAAAGAGGGCUUCACGUGGGUCAAGGACCGCAGUGGAGGCGGCGGGGGCGGAGGCGGGGGCGGAGGCGACGACACGCCCCGCGAGCCCGCCCCACCGGCGCGGCGGCCGCAGCAGGAGAAGGUGCGGGACGUGGCGCAGCUGGCGGAGCGGCUGGGCUGCUCGGUGCAGCAGCUGGCCAUCGCGUGGGGGCUCAAGAACGAGAGCGUCCAGUGCCUGCUGCUGGGCGCCGCCUCCGCCGACCAGCUCUACGAGAGCAUACAGUCCCUCCAGCUGGUGCCAAAGCUGACCAGCAGCACAAUGGCAGAGCUGGAGCGCAUCCUGGACAACAAGCCAGCGAGGCCACCCAUGGUGUCCACCCUGGCGCUUAGAUGACAAUCAAUGUGCCCCCCCGGGGGACCCGGAGGGGGCGCUGAUGGCUCGCCCAAGGACGAGGACGCCGACCAUCAGCAACUCAGCAGUCAGGCUCAGAAGCUGCCCUUCUGCACCAUCCAGUGACCUCGGCUGACUCAGGAUGGCGGGGUGGGCGACCUGCUUCCGGUGCUCGCCGGCCCCGCCUCCGCCUCCGCCCCCGGCUACUCCUCCGUGCUGGGGGCUUCAGACCCCAGCGCCACCUACGGGGCCUAUCAGUACCAGCAUCAGCCCUACCACCACCACGGGUCCACCUCGUCGGCACCUGCCGGCUGCUGCGGAGGUGGAGUGGGGGGUGGCAGUGGCCGUGUCGGGGGUGGCUGCACCAGUGGCGCUGCUGAUGACGACGAGGACGAGACACUCCCACUGCUCUUUUCGUCGCUGUCCACUGACGCGGCCGUCGCAGCUGCUGCGGAGAGCUACGGUGCCUGCCUCAACGAGAGCUGGUGGGAAGAGACCAAUUGAGCAGCGAGGCUGACCGCCACAACACCGGCUACUCAGCUGUGGGUACUGUGAGACCUCGAGUGUGCCUUGAUUGAUCAUUGGGGGCCAGACUCUUGGUCCCAGCCUCCAUCACAUCAGCCACCCAGCUGUCGUUGUGUUCCCACAGAGCCGUACAGGCUCUGGAGUGGAGUGCCUUGGUUGAUCAUUGGAGACCAGAUUCGUGGUCGUGACCUAUCCUCCUCUUGUGAAGCACUGUUUGGUGCUUGUGAGUGUGUCUCCACAUCUAGCCAACCUUCUUUAAUGGACAACUGUGAUACCAUUGUGGAAAGCCUAUAAACAUUAACCUUUUGUGCCAGCGACCCAGAAGUGCUGCGUCACAUUCAAUCGCUGGAGGUGACAUCUCACAGAAUGUCCGCACCAUCAGUUCCUCGGAGGACAAGUACAGUCACUUACCUCAGCACUGUAUAUAUGCCUACAAAUUUACCGGAUUUGUUUGGAAGAUAUGUGAAAAUCGUUAGUGAUUUUCAGAAACCCUACAAGGAAACUACACAUUGUGUGACAUAAACACUGUGUUAUCUUAUCUGUCACGUAGUACAUCAAUUUUUCUGUGCCGCGGGGUUUUGUGAUUCAUCUGGCAGUAUGCUUAUUGGAAAUUUCCAGCACUUUCCAGCGUAAACCCACUAAUUUCUACCACUUUAACUUUGCAACACUACAUGUGUCACCACACACAGAUAAACACAGAUGCACUUGCAAAACAAAGGCAACUCCCAACAGAAUUAUCAGCUUUCUGACAUUCUAAAUUAAGUUCUCCGUGACAUAAGAGUCUUCACUCAAUUGGCAGGAUCAAUUUCCUGUAAACCUAGUAAUUUCUACAUUUUUAAGAUACCUGAGACUCCUGUAAUCUCAUAACAGCAUCUCAAACUCCAUAAUCUGAUGUGCAGGGAUACAUUUUCACAUGGAAGUAAACAUCCAGCAGCAUUAUUCAAUCUGUGGUACACUUCAUCAGUUCCUUUAUAUCACGGACAUUCUUGAUUCAACUUGCAAUAUCUUUUUGAAAAUUCAUGAGCUUUGUUGACAGUGCAGAUCCGUAAAUUUCUAGUUUUUUAUGGAUAUCUGGAAUUCCUGUAAUCUUAUAAACUUAUAUGAAAAUCUGUGCCUAGGUGUGUGUGGAUAAAUUGCUUUAAUGCGUGUGACAUCCUGUAUCCAUUCCUCUGUCCCGUGGGCUUUCCUAACUCUACUGGCAGUAUCAUCUUGAACAUAUACUCUAUUCUGCAGUGCAAACAUGGAAUUUAUGUUCUUUUAUAGAUUUCUGAAAAUCCUGUAACCAUACAACUUUGCAUGAAGUACCACACUUAGAUGUGCAGGGCCACAUUUGCAGGAGAAACGAAACAUCCAAGAAAACUAUCUAGGAUGUGUUAUCUUACAUCAGUUACCCUGAAUCAUGGACAUACUCAAUUCAACUGGCAGUAUAAUUAUAGUACAGAUCUUUUAUUUUCAAAAGUCCUGUACACUAUAGCUCUUCAUUCAUACUAUAUAUAACUCUACAUAUAUAAUCAAGUGUGAGCAGAUGCAUCUCCUUGCCAAAUGGAAGCCCAAAAACUUUUAAAUGUGACACACACUAUAUAAUGUCUCCAUGUAAGGACUUGUGAAGGACAUGCUUUACUACCAAAGACAUUUGCCGAGAUGCCCUAGAGAUUUCUGACACAAGCAGUGAUCCUUACCUUCUUGACAAUAUUAUCAAAAACAGGAAGUUCUGUGAGCUGCAUUUCUGGUUUAUGAGUCUGCUUCCAUUGUAUUAGACUUUCAAAGCAGAUGCUGCGACAGGAAAUAUUGCUGAGCUACCUAACAACACAUGGUGACAGAAUCAAGAUCAGUGUAAAGAUCGCACAUGUAACUUUUAUAGUUUAUCAGUAUUUCUACAUUAGUCCAGAUUUUCAAGAGUGAAAUGUAAAGUAAAAUUAACCUGUCUAGAGUGGGAAACCUUCUGACAGCAUUUAUGUAUAUGUAUGUGUGUUUGUGUGUGUGUGUUUACAUCUUUACAUCUCUCCCAUGGAGAAAAGCCUUCAACUACAGUAGUUGGCCUCAGAGGUAUCAAAGUGAUACAGGUCAAUGUAUAAACGAUUGUCUUUCUGUCCAAGACUGUAGCAGCAUAGCGCCCAUGGAUAUUUCCUCUCGUUUUUCUGAGAACUGGUGACCCAGUUUCUGGUGGAAACACUUCUGAUCUGAUGUCUUGCAAGCACAGAUUGCCAUUGGAAGUUAUUACAGGUCUCUCAUGUAUACAAUUUAAUACUGAGCUAAAUUGUUUACACAGGUAGCCAACUGCAGAAACCAGCUGUAUGACUUUCGUUCAUUCUGUAAUCUUCAUAGAUAAUAAAAAAAACAUUUCUACAUCUUGAAUAGAUAAAACAGCAUCACAAAAUGCAUGAAACUUCCCAGUACCUACGUUAGAUGUACUUGAUGAAGUAUUAAAUUACCUUGGAUUGCAUAAUGUAUUCUGAUUGCACAGAUGAAUUAGUUAUUCUGAACUUUGAUUUGACAGCAACAUGAAUAUUUUUGUUUGGGUUACUGGAAACGAGUAAUAUAUAACUGUAUUUAUUUUCUGAUUCAUUACAAAUAUUUGCCAUCUUUCAGGAGUCAGAUCCAAUAUCAUAAGGAAUAUUGAACACCCUACAGUUUCUUCCCUGGUAACAACAAUAACGUUAUCUCAAAUUCUUCUCUUACCAUUUACAUUGUCUUUUCCCUUUAAAUAUUUAUAUCUUAUGGGACAAUCUGCAAGUAUAGUGAAGAUAAUGGCAAAAUAUUGGAAAGUAUCAAAAGACAUCCACAAAGAGGGAAAGUUGAUAAUUAGUAAUUUUGAUCUACAAGUGAAUACCUCACAUCCAGAACUCAAUAAGACGUAUGGAAAAGCAUCAAUUUAUCAUGUCCAGAAAUAUGAAAGUCUAGUCAGAUGACUGUGUAGGCAGCAAACACAUUUUAAUUUGGAAGCAUGUACCAUACAACAGUCUUACUUCACAUACACACACAUAUGCUAACUGACAUGAAGAAAGUUCUGUUUGGUCUCAGUCGUCAUUUACAAUAAAUAACAACUUCAAUAAAUUAAAACAUUUCAUGAUACUGUUUUUCUUCUGUUGUCAAUAUUCUUUACCAGUACUAUAACUUGAACUAUAAAAACUUAAAGUCCAUUAAAUGCCAUAUAUGUGGAGACCAAUUUCUUUCUGUUAUACAUCACCCUUAAAGCUUUGUGUUACUAACAUUUCUAAAAUCAGUCAUAAAAUAAAUCAUUGAUAAAUUCAUGUAAAAAAGCUGUCAGAUAUUAAAAUUAUGAAACAUAUUAGGAAAUACUACUGCACUUGCAGAUAGGCCCACAGAAUAGUAUUUUUACACUUUAUUUCCUUGGUAUAAAGUGACUCACAACUGCUUGUUAUAACAGCAUAUCUUGUAAGAAAUCAUUCAAUUUUUCAUAGAAGAUGUACUGGCAUCCACAGGGCAGGUUGUUCAAGCUCUGGCCAGAAAACGUCCAAGCAGACUGGUCCAAAAAGUACUACUUGUUUCUGUUAACUCUGCAUCAUCAGUAACGAUUUUUUACAUUUUUUAAAAAAUUAGAAGUAUUGUAAUUUUCCAGUUGUGUACAAAUUCUAUGGAACAUAUAUUGGUGAGAAGAAAGAAAAUUAGCCUUGUAUUUAUGGUGUUUGAAUUCUCGAUGUUGCACUUUAAGAACUGUGAUCCUCAAUCCAUGAGAUUAACCAGCACUAUAGUUGAAUUGAAGUCACAACCUGAGCCAUUUAUCUGUAAAUACACUUCCUUCUUAAACGGAAAACACCCAACUCUCAAAAUGCGUGUAUCAUGAGGAUCAAUCCAGCAACAUGAAAAGACAAUGACUUGUCCACAGAGUUACUUGUUUUAACGAUUUCAUAGAGGACUGAUAUCAGGACAGUUUUAUUGAGUUACUUGUUGUUACAACCAAGAAUAAUCGGGUUGGUACAUAUCGGUCACCUGCUGUUCUCCAUAUUCUCAUGCCCCACAAACAUUAUACUUAUCUAAGCCCAUUAUAUCUCAACAACAUACAUUUUAUUUCAUUGCAUUAAAACUGUCUCAACAGUGUGUUAAGGCUUUGGCAUUGUUGUUAAAAGCACUGCAUUGCAUUUAUUCAUUGAAUAUAUCCAUUGGUGGCUGUUGGAUUCUGUGAAGCAAGUUCGUGAUAUAUGGAAUUUCCUUACAAGAAACAGCUGACAGGACUCUGAAGAACAUAAAUUCACAGGCAUGCAUCACACUCUGUGGAGUAAAUGUAUAAAUAAAAGAAAAAGCCUCUCACAAGUUAUUGUUGAAUGAGAAAGAUUCAAAUAAGGGAAACAAAAGAGGAAAAAAAUCAGUUCCAGCAAGUUGCAGAUAUACAUAAGAGAUCUUUCACUGGUAAUGGGAAAUAAAUACCAUCAAUCUGUGUUACUGUAUGAAGAAACACCAGGCAAAAAUUAUUUAGUCAGAUGUCCAAAGAUGCUGUUAAAAUUCUUGUUAUUUUUCCUUAUAAUAAUUUCUUGCCUUUUCUCAAUAUGCAUGCGUGCCUCUCCCUCUUAAAAAACAUUCAGUUGAGAUGUCGAACAAUUAUUGAAAAACAGAAGAGCCCAAAAUGAUUGUAGUGUAAAGCCACUUGACCUUACACAAUUUUAAGCAGUCACUCAGUAAUUGAAUUGAAGAUGUAAAAAUAACAAAAUUAUGACAUAAUUUUCUUCUUGUGUACAUGAAUUUGCACUUAGUUCUUAAUACACAAAACACAUGGCUAUAAUCCCUAAAACUGCAUUAUUUGAAGAUUUUAUCUUUUAUGUCCCUGAAGAAUAAUAUAAUUUCAAUCAACACCAAAUUUUGUUUUCAACAGCCACUUUUGCUCAGUUGAGUGUAUGUGCCAAAGCAUCAUACAUCAUUAUUGCAAUACACAUCAUUUUUUGCAUUCCAUAUUUUCCAUAUGGGCUUGUACUUUUCCUCUAAUACCACUUAUAUUCACUAUUUGUAUAUGUGUGGUACUGAAAAUCAGUAUACAGUCCAUAUAUUGUAAUCAAAGAGUGAAUUAUUAAUUAAUUCUUUUGAAAGCUAAAACUUGCUCAAGCUCUUUCUUUCUAAUAUUUUUCUUAAUCAUAUCUAUAUUAUUUCAGUACUUUCAGUGAUUAAACAGCCUUAAAGAGUAACUAGAAAAUCAUUUCCAUACUAUAUUAUCCAAUAUUACUGCUUCUAAAGAACAAUCCUGCUGCAGAAAGAUACUGCCUGCAGAUUUUUCUAUGAAUUUGUUUAAACUUCUGCUCUGACUAAUGUAAAAUAUUUUAAUCAAGUACUUUUUCCUUCCAAACUUUUCUAGUGCUGAGAAUACAAUUGGCAUAUUUCUGCCUUUGAUAAAUCGCAAUGGUAUGUGUGGCCUGUGGACUUUAUGUCAAGGGCAACAAAAAAUAUUUCAAACAGAAUUAAAACUUCACUCACAAUUCAUUGUUUUUAACAAUAACAAACAACAUUCAUUGCUGUCAGAAGAUCCCACCCAUUCUGGAAAUGUGACAUUAAAUAAAUAAGUCUUUUGUAGCUUGUGUAGUUGUUUGUUGAUGUAGGAGUGAGAAGAUUGAGGCUAAAUUAAAAGGGCACUGUGUAGAAUAAUUGAUAUAGCUAGGAAAUUAUGGCAUCUCAUCUGUCAUUGGAAUCAGAGAUGUUUUUGCACUAUGAAAGAAAUAUUUGCGAAAUGCAAGUUGAAGUUAUGGAAAAAAGGCAUAACUCAGCUAGUAUUCUAUUAGAAAGUAACAAUAAAUAUGUAUGCUGGAGACAAAUAUGUAGAAGUGUAUUUCAGGUCAUUUCCAGCAAGAAACUUAUAACUUCAGACUACCAUCAAUUUAAUUUUUAAUUGCAAAUUGUUCUGCCUCUUUGAUACAAAAAGCUACUUUGCAGUUGAUACCAUUCAAGACAACUAUGCAGUUUAUAUAAACUUCAAAUUAAGCUGCUAAUUCUAGCACUGCCAAAAUUGUUAAAUAUAAUUACAAUGCAGAAACUGCUAACUUAUUUUGUAUAAAUGGCAACUCGCUUGCAACAACAAUUCAGUGCCUGCUUGAAAACCCAGGUGACAAUGACACAAAGGAUUAGUGUUGCUGUUUUUUCUUAAAAGUAUUCAAUUUGGAAAUGAGAUGUGACAUUACCUUUGCACAUUACUUUUCCAAUAACGAAAAAUUAAACAUUUACUGUCAUACUAAUGUAACCUAUUGCCAUCUGUCUACCUUAUAAUGCUGUGUAGUUCAUGUUUGUAUCUAGUUUAUGGAAUGUUUUUACCAUGUGGUUGUUAAAAUAUUUUAAAGAAAGGAUCUUUUGACAAACAUUCUGAUGACGUGAAGAAAUUUAUCAAUAACAGACUUCCAGGUGUUGUGCUUUCAAUUUCCAACAUAAUUGUGAUAUUUAUGAUAUUAUCAACCAUUUUGGAAAUGUAUUAACUGCGUUCCAGAGAUGUUGAAUGGGACUGUCUUUAUGAUAUUAGUGACUGCAUAAAAAAGAGCAUAUCGUGUUUUCUUAAAAAAAGCUCUUUUAGAAAUUUCUGCCUAAAACAAGUACAAUAAGAUGAACUAAAAUGUAAAUGCUACAGUUUUUGUGAAGUGAAGAUAAUAUGAGAGGAGAAAACCCGAUACAACAUGAAAAUAUUUCAUGAUAACAACUAUAGCCAAUAUUUACAAGCCUUAGAACUUCUUCCUUUAAUAAUAUCAUGUUGGUACUCAGAAAAGCAUUUCGUCCUUUUUCAUGCUUCGAAAGUUUAACUCAAACGGUUGUGUGAUGGGGUUUUAAUAAUGUUUAAGGGGAAGAAAUUUAACGCACUUUACUUUUUACACAUCCUAUUUUAAUCAAUUUGAUACAUAUGGUCUGCGACUUUAUUUGUCGCAGUAAUGUUUUUGUGGCAUAGUUUGUUCUUUGUUACAAAUGUAACAAAUCAUUUUUCACUGUGAUAAUGCACAUUGUUUGAUUUUUCCUAGAGUCUAUUGUAUGUUAUUGUUAAAAUAUUGUAUAAUCUUUUUCCUUGUUGAUAUUAUUAUUGUUAAGAUAUUCUGCAAGAAUUAGUACCGCUAGAAAUAUAUCAUUGCUCACAUGUUUUGGUGGGUUUUCCAGGUAUUAAAACUACUAUAGCGUAGUGUGUGUAUGGGAUGGUGAGUGUGCACAUUGACUGAGUUACCUUGCUGAUUGACUGAGAGUAAUUUUUUUCAAGUUAAUAACAAUAAUGGGGUCUUUGCAGUGUCUUGUACAUUUUCCCUAUGAAUCAGUGCUUUGUUUAUAGAUUUAAAUGAUUGCAUAGUGCAUGAAAGGGCAACAUCUUUGCAUACAUAAUGAAAAUAGUGAAAAUUGUCUUUUCCAAGUUACACAUGAAAUGUGAGUCUGUUGUUUGAAGUUAAUGCAAACAGUUCCUAAUGCAAAAAAAAAAUGUUGUCUAGGGAGAUCAUAAUUUUGUUGCCAAUACAAAUAAGAUAAUUAGGAAUAUACUUUAUAAGUAAUUCUCUAUGCAAGUUUCCUGCAUACAAUCUGUUUUCACAUAAAGAAGAACAAUUAAAGAUAAUUACUGUUGCAGGUUGUUUCUAUCAUAGUUCAGUACAGUAUUCAUUAUUUUAUAGAAGACAGACAGCACAUAUUAUUUUCAUAAUUUACUGGCAGGUUUUUUGCAGUUGCUUCCAUUUUGCAAUAUCAAGCUUAACUUACAAUACGUUUGUCUGGAACUAAUAUCUAAUCAACGUUUAAAAAAACUGAGAUUUACUCCAACCUAGAUAUUUUGAUUUUCUUUGAACACAGACUCACGUUUUCAAUAUAUUACACCAAAAAAGUUUUUAAAAGUAUUUUAGAAACUGUGCUUUAUUCUUAGAACAAAAUAGAACACCUAUGGCGUUCUCUUUGCUUGAGAAUGGAUAGAUGUCAAACUGUACUGCCACACUUAUUUAGAAGUGUGUCUCAAUAUUACACCAUAUGAUUAAGAUUGACUAUUUCUCUAAUGCUGUAGGCAUUACUUCCGAGUAAAGAUAUACCUUUGCGUCUGUAUUGGGAAAUAGUCUGUAACAGGAAGUCUUUCCCUGUAAUCACGUGGCUUGUGCCAGUGUCUUAAACAUCAAACAAUUAAGUACAAUUUUAUAAUAUAAUUUUUUAAAUUGUUUAUCAUUGUACUGGUAUUUUAUAGGUGAACUACUUACCAAAGUGUACAGCAGCUAGCAACUAUGCUUUUAAAAAUUACUUCCUUUUAGUUUUUAUACAAGAGGUGAUGAAAUAAAAGUACUCAAGAUCCUAAAGGUUUUGAUCCAAAGCCAGUAAAACUUUUAUUUUAGGUAUUGCAUGUAAAAAUGUUCAUGUGCUAUAUACUACAAAUUACCUGCAAUUCCUGGAAAUUAGAUAAUUAGUAACUAAUUUGCAUUGAACUGUCACAUGUAUGAACACUUUCUAUUCAUCGACAAAUCAUUUGUAAAAUAAAUAAUUUAAGCACAUUGAAAACUUUCUAUCUUCCUCCUGAAAUUUUGUAACACUUGGCAACCAAAAUAUGUUUGUGAGCAUUAAAAUUGAAAUUCCAGAAGAUGUGGGGUGUAUGGAUAGGCAGUGCAGACACCUUCAAGUGUUUUACUAUUCAAAGGUUUUCCUAUAUUCAGAUUUCAGCUUUUAAGUCAUACUACAACUCAAACCGAUUAUUUUGUGUAGUCAAGGAGGAAAAAUAAAAUACAUUGAUUUAUAGUCAAGGAGGAAAAAAUAAAAUUUCAGCAGCAAGUUUACAAGAUUCAUUGUACAAUUGCAGUUAUUUUUUCAAAUGUAAAAGUAUUUCAGAUUUAUAGAAUUGUUAUUUCAAUCUCAUCACCUAAAUUUUUCCUAUAUUCUAUGUUUAUGAAAUUUGGUAAUUGUUACUUUGGUGAUUGUAAAAAACUACUGUGUGUAAUUUACAUACAGACUGGCUAAUUUGUGAUAAUGACAUAAGAUAAAAAUUCUUUGCACUCUAUUACAGUUUAUUUAUUCCUAUAUCUCAAGAAUUUUAUAAUUUUCUCCUGUGUAAACGUCAUAUACUCUCACACACGCUUCUAAAUCAUUACUUGGAUAGAUUAUCCUCUUUAUAAGUAAUUUAUCUAAUUUUCUUCCUUUUCUCUAUGUACUUGCAUUGCAAACUGUAUGUAGGAAUGAUAACUGAAUAUCUGAAAAAGGGGUGUGUCUUUCUGAAAUGUUUAAAAAUUUAUUUACAUCUGGUUUUAUAUUUCAAGUGAAUAAAUUUGCAUUACUAACAACUUCAACACCUUAAUAAAGCUCUGUGCCAAUCAGUGUCUCAUAGUUA